AUGAAAUCCUGGAACGAGGCCAAGGCAUUAGAAGAUUCCCAAGAGAGUCUCCAGUUCUCAGCGCUCAGCAUUGCAAUAUACUUCUUUGUCUCUUCCCGUUUAGCCGGUGUCGAAAUCAAAUCGGACGAAUGGAGACAGAAAACGAAUAUCGGUCUUAGUGUAAUCAAUGAGCUUUUUCAUGAAGGGUUUGAAGUAACCCAGAUCAGUGAGAGCGACGUUCAGCUUCAUAUGCGGCAGAUAGCGGAGCAUAGGUGGACUGACAUGGACUGGUUCUACAACAUAGAACUUGGAUCCGGUGUCGGCAUACCUUUGCCUGAUGAACGAAACUCGCAAGGAGGAGCGCUCAGGGUGGAAAGAAAUGAACGCCAAGAAUUUCCCGGGAGGCCAAAGGCAAGCACCAAAAACCAACAGCCAGGGGUAGAGUUUUUGCAACCCGGUCUCGGAACGAUGAUGCAAAGAAGCGUUGACUAUCUGAGUGACGAGCGUUUGCGAGACUACGAAAUGUGGGAAACAGACAUACGGCUGCGGAUCAAGGAAGCAGAGACGGUAUCAGACGCGGCAGUGGAUAUAGAUGCCAGCUAA